AUGGCCCUCGCUCGACACGUCGACCCUGACGAGCUUGUCGAGAAGCUGCGAGCGACAGGUGGUCCCAUCCAUCGUCACCGUGUCAAUCACAACUCUGCUGCAUCGUCGCUCACACCUUACUCGUCCCGCUACAAUGCACAGGAUCAGAUCUCCAAGUUCCGCAUCCCGCAGGAAGGCGCACCGGCGGAUGCUGUGCAUCAGAUGCUCAAGGACGAGUUAGAUCUCGAUGGCCGGCCCAACUUGAACCUCGCCAGCUUCGUGGGCACCUACAUGGAGCGUGAAGCCGAGGCACUCAUGAUCGAGAACUUGAGCAAGAACCUGUCGGACGCCGACGAGUACCCUGCCAUGAUGGCCAUGCAUCAGCGUUGCGUGAGCAUCCUCGCACAUCUGUGGGGCGUACAAAAGGGCGAGACCGCCGUGGGCAGCGCGACGACCGGCUCCAGCGAGGCUAUUCAUCUCGGCGGGCUGGCGAUGAAGCGGCGUUGGCAGGAAAAACGGAUGAAGGAGGGCAAGGACUACAGCAAGCCGAACGUCCUCAUGGGCGCAAACGCGCAGGUGGCGCUGGAGAAGUUUGCGAGGUACUUCGAAUGCGAGGCCAGGAUCUUGCCUGUGAGUGAGAAGAGUCACUUUCGUCUAGAUCCCGAGUUGGUGAAGAAGAACAUCGAUGAGAACACUAUUGGCGUUUUUGUUAUCCUGGGAUCGACUUACACUGGACACUACGAGCCUGUCGACGAGAUUUCCAAGAUCUUGGAUGAUUACGAGGCGAAGACCGGCAACGACAUUCCCAUUCACGUGGAUGGCGCGUCUGGCGCUUUCAUUGCCCCGUUCACGCAUGGAAAGACUGGAGGCGCGAAAUGGAACUUCCAGCUACCGAGAGUCAAGAGCAUCAACGUCAGUGGACACAAGUUCGGUCUUGUGUACGCGGGUGUCGGCUGGAUCAUCUGGAGGGACGAAAGCUACCUGCCAAACCACCUUAAGUUCGAGCUGCACUACCUCGGCGGCACGGAGGAAUCCUACACGCUCAACUUCUCGCGGCCUGGAGCUCAGAUCAUAGCGCAGUAUUUCAACCUGAUUCAUUUGGGUUUCGACGGAUAUCGAGCGAUCAUGGAGAACGCGCUCGCAAACGCUCGAUUGCUCAGCAAGGCGCUUGAGGCGACAGGCUGGUACACCUGCGUCUCGGAUAUCCAUCGCAAGAAAGGCGAGUUCAGCUUCAAAGGCGUUUCGGAGACAGUCUUUGGUAAAGAGAACGAGACGUCGGCAGACUACAACGCCGGCCUGCCAGUGGUGGCCUUCCGAUUCUCGGACUCGUUCAAGAAGGACUACCCGCAUAUCAAGCAGGAAGCCGUGAGCAAGUUGCUGCGUGCUCGCCAGUACAUCAUUCCCAACUACCCGCUGCCGCCCAACGAGGAGAAGAUUGAGAUCCUGCGCGUCGUAGUUCGCGAAUCGAUGAGCAUGGACCUGCUUGAUCGCCUUAUCAGCGACAUUGUCUCCGUGACGCAAGACCUUAUGGGCGCGGACGAAUUCGACUUGGCGUCUCUGCAAGGAGCAGCCGCGAGCGUGGAGAAAGCGCACGGUAGCAGCGGAGUGGACGCGAAGACACGCGCGAAGCAUGGCAGUAGGCGGCCAAUGCAACAUGGCGUUCACAGGUUAGUCCCCACUCGAAAGAAGGAAAUGAGUACGUGCACUAACGUCAAGGUCAGAACCGUCUGUUAG